AUGAGGACAAGGAAGCCUCCCUGCCCAGUAGAAAAAGUGUGGGUAGACAAGCACAAAUAUGAUGAAGCAGAGAGACUGCAUUACGAAAGAGAAGCGAUGCUAGCUGCUGCGGCCCCUGAGGAGUGCCAGGAGGUAGAGGCUGUAAAUGGGGUCUGCAAUGACGACUCUGUGGAGAGUGAAUUCAAGGGAGACCUGAAGAGAGCAAGGAAUGGAAAGAAACAAAGGAAACGGAAGCGUUCUCCAAAACCCAGAAACGUGGCCUCCAAAUUAGACUCUAUUCUGACUGGUUUGUUAGCUGACCAUGUGUGGUUUGACAAACCUUUCUAUGAUCACGCUGAGAACGUGUACAGAAAAAAAAUAGUGGAUUGUCAGAACGAGGAGGCAUCUGAGACUGCACUAACUGCUGAGCAGUCCCCUUUAGUGGCCAGGUCAAAAGCUGUCGAAGAUGUUCCUAAGUCAAGGAUGCUUUCAGCAGCCCUGCCCUGCUCCCAUGGUAGUCUGUCUGCGUGUCACCAUGUUGUUCAGGAUGUCUGGGUCAACAAGUUUGACUUUGAUAAGGCCGAGGAGGCGUUUAUUGAAAAAUCUCAGUUCUUUGUUCCUCCAAAUGUCCUAACCAUCCCGUCUGUGUGGUCAAAUGCUGGCAACGCUGGGCUGAGGACGCCGGAUGAGGGCUACGUUACAGCCCUGCCUACUCCUGCUACGCCAAGCUUAGCUCCAGACGUUGUUGCUGAUUCUGCUUCUUCCAUCGUUUCCAGUUUGCCUGGCUCUGUACACCAGACAGUAAAUGGUAAGCCGCAGAUUUCAAGCUUGCAGGCUCUCAUGUCAGAGGUGUGGUUGGAGAAACCUCUUUAUGAUGAUGCUGAGAAGAGCUUCUAUGAGAACAUGUUUGAUGGUCAUCCAUCAGGCAAAGUCAGACAGCAGCAACGUGGCUGCCCCGAAGCAUUGAAGAACCACCACGAGGACAGGAAGAACCACAGCGCUGGAAAGCAAGUGGACAUCAAACACGUGGAGGUCGCCACCAACUCUCUGCUUCCCAGUGAUGCUGAGCAACCUCCGCCUACCUGCUUUUUCCUGCAUGAGGACAGCGAAACUGUGUGGCUUAAUAAGCUGACGUAUGACAGCGCCGAGUCACGAUACUAUGCAGCUGAGGCUCUGAAGAUGUCGAGAGCAGGAGAGAGUACGGGGAUGCAGGAAUCUGCAGUAGUAAAACCCUCCCAACCAGCUGCUUAUGCUUCAAGCGUACCUGCGCCAGAAAUGAAGCUGGUCGGUGUCAGGCGGUAUGCUGUGCCAGGCUGUUCCUUACAGGAGGAUUUGGUGGUGCACCUAGUGAAGCACGGCAUGACCAGAAAAAUGGCAGUGGACUACUUUUUGCAUGAGAAGAUCUGGUUUGAGAAAUACAAGUACGAUGAUGCUGAGAGAAGAUACUACGAGCAGAUGAACGGGCCAGUUAGCAGCUCUUCACACCAGCAGGAGAACGGAGCCAGCACGAUCCUACGCGACAUUGCCAGAGCCAGGGAGAAUAUCCAGAAAUCGCUGGCCGGACAGAAGACAGUUCCUCGUAGCAAAGAAGCUCCUUCUGCCCGUCACAAGAGGCAGUCAGGCCGCUCAACUAGUGCAAGCGCAACCGCUGCUGGGCCUGCUGGUGACCAAAAUGAACUCCUUUCCAGAAUUUCUCACCUGGAGGUAGAAAAUCAAAACCUUCACAGUGGUAAGUAGGAGAAUCUUCUGGCAUGAAAGCAAACCUGGAUGGGGUCCUGCUUCUGUGGGGUGUAUCCCUUACUGACUUUGUCUGUCACCAGGUGAGCACAUGCCAGUGUCUUGAUCAAAGCUUUGCAGGCUUCCCUCUGACUGGGGCAACUGGUGUUUUUAAAGCCCACUUUGAGCAGAAGCAAAUUUGUCCUGACUUCAGAGCUGAUGCAGAGCCUACAAGAUAAGGUUCUUUCC